UAAGUCGAGGAUAGAACGUAACCUUCAAGUACGGGGACACCUGAACAAGCUAACUCACCUGUAGCGACGUCAUUGCUGUUUUUGUGGAGUGUGUGGGCUUGGGGUGAAAAAGAACGGACACGCACAGAGAAGAAAAACGGGAUAGAAGACUGAAACUGCGGAGGUACAAAGUUUGUUGUAGAGGUGGAGAACAGAAAGGAGGGAGGACUGCGGGAAGAAAGAGAGGGGAACGAUCCUUCCCGUUUUGUUUCUUUCACGAGGGGAAGGUAUAUUUUUGAAGUACUUUUUUCACCAGUUUACCUGGAGCGUAUUGAUUCUACAGAAACUUGACCGAAGAGGACAGUUUAACCGUAAAAAAACGACCAUGCCGCGAGCCUUCCUGGUAAAGAAGGCGAGAUACUCGCCCUAUAAGCGGAACUGGAGCGAGCUGCCAGACGACGAGCGCGGGGACGUAUAUAUACCAGUGUCUGUCUUCCCCGUGCCCUUAUUGGAGGAAACUGAAGCCAGUCCAGCAGAGACCGCCCCCUGUCUCGCCACGACAACGCACUACGAAUACACCAAAUACACACAGUCACACUCAGUGCGCAGCGUGAUGACCCCUACAGCGGAGAUGCCCUCGUGCACGGUGCUGGGUCGACCCCAGAGCCCUGGUCGGGAGUUAGAGGGCACAGGAUUAGAGGUGAAGAGGAGGGCACAGAGCAGCACCUAUGUCCGCUCCAAAAUCAAGGUGACUACAGGUGAGCUACCCAGUGAGAUUCCAAUACCUCCCCAGCCUCCCGUCCCCGAAAUCACCACCACACCUGUUUCCUUGACGACGUCCCCUACUGCCCUGGUCUCCACAGUAACGAAGUCAGGGACAGGUGCUCAAGCGUCGUUCGUGUGCAAGAUGUGCCAGAAGGUGUUCCAGUACCAGAGGAUGUUGAACCGGCACCUGAAGUGUCACAGUGAUACUAAGAAACACCUGUGUAACCACUGUGGUAAAGGAUUCAACGACACCUUCGACCUGAAGAGACACGUCAGAACACACACAGGAGUGCGUCCCUACAAGUGUUCUCUCUGUGACAAGGCCUUCACCCAGCGCUGCUCUCUAGAGUCUCACAUGAAGAAGAUCCACGGUGUGACCCUGCAGUACGCCUAUAAGGAGAGACGCAACAAACUCUACGUCUGUGAGGAGUGUGGCCACACCGCCCCUUCCCAGGAUACACUGCUCAAACACUACCACGCCCUCCACCCCAACUCCGCCUUCCUGAGGGGGAAGGGGCUGAAAGGGGGGAGAGGGGCAGGGGGGGAGGAGUCAAUGCCUGGGUCGCCGCUUUCGAAUGAUCAGGAUAGUGAUGAUACUACAGGGUCGGGGGUGCAGUAG